UUGUUUACACUGCUUUUUCAAUUCAGCUGCCUAACCUUAAAUGUUAGUGUAAUCGAAACUUUAAUGCUUCUUUUUGAGACCAAACAGGUUUUUGUAUAUAUUAUAGCGAUAACUAAGUUUCUCUGCUAAAAAGUCAUCGUUAUCAUGUCUUUAACCGUAUUGUCCCAGAAGAACAUUGAUGAUAUUUUAAGUAAAGACAACGUUGAAGUAGCCAAUGCGAUCGUAGAUCUCAUGGGAGAAACUUUUGCUAAAUUCACUGCUGGUCAUUCGGAUGACACAAAAGCGUUACAAGCUCAGUCCCCACAACGUAUUGGUAUUGAUACAGAUAGUCGGAAAGUAUUGUUCAUGCCUUCGCGUUUAGGCGAAACCACAUCCAUUAAAAUUGUUAGUGUUCCUACAAAAGAUGGGCUAAGUGGUUUACCUGCAACAGUCAUGGUCAUGGAUGAAGAUACAGGGCGUGUUCAAGCAGUAAUGAACGCCGACUCCCUUACUGCUAUUCGAACAGCUGCAGGAUCAGGAUUAGCUACCCGUUAUUAUGCCGAUGAAAACGCGAAAAAUUUGCUAGUAUUCGGUGCAGGGGCGCAAGGCGAAGCACAUGUGAAAAUUAUGCUUGCCGUUAGGCCAAACCUCGAGAAGAUUUACAUUUGGAACAGAAGUGAAGCUCGUAAACAGGGAUUGAUCAAAGAACUGCAGAAGGCACACCCUACUCGAGAGUUUAUAGCAGUUAAAGCAGACAACAGCAACCUUGAAGAAAUUGUACGAAAUGCUGAUAUUAUUUGCACAUGUACCAAUUCGACAGAACCGGUUCUGUUUGGAAAAUGGCUUAAACCAGGUGUACACUUAAAUUGUAUUGGAUCCUACCGAAUGGAUAUGCAUGAAAUAGAUAGCGAGACAGUUAAGAAAGCUGAACUUAUCAUUGUAGACUCAAUUGAUGCAUGUAAACACGAAGCUGGUGAGCUUGUCAAGUCCUCUAAGCCUGAACAAUGGAUUGAAAUGGGGAGUAGAGUACUUGAUGGUUUAAAAAAAACAGAGGCAGAAAGAAACAAGAGAACGCUUUUUAAAAGUGUUGGCAUCAGUGUUCAAGACAGUGCCAUUGCGGGUUGGAUAUUAGAUAGAGCGAAAAGAAGUAAUAUAGGCAGCAAGGUGCCUUUCUGAUGCGAAAAAUUCAUAAAUUACGGGAAAAAACACUUUAUUCA